CACUCAACGACUUUAGCACCACCAAACAUACCUACCGGAGAUACUGAACGAGCUCAAUAACCUGCGGUGUACAAAAAUGAACUUUUCCCAGUUCAACUCGUUCGCUGGGCCGCUAGCCGCAAAUCAGUUCGCGUCAGCCAAGUUUCCACAGAAUCUGUCAACGGCAGCAGCUAAUGGGCAGGUCGUCGGAUUGGUAUCCGGAAGUGAGGGAGCUAUGCAGUUUCUGCGACCAAUGGAUGGUACCGCCGUCAGUACAGCUUCGGCCGUCUUUCAGCAGCAUCCGGCGUCACACGGUCAGAUCGUAACGACUGCAGGGAUGCCACAGGGAGCCAUCGCUUCUCCGGCAUACAUCACUCUUCCUAUCACGAUGCCGGGUGCGAAACCGGGAGAUGCGCAGCAGACUGUCCAGAUCCAGGUGCUCAACCCUAACCCACUGCCAUCGCAAAUGACACCAGGCGGUGGCACUGGUGGUGGUCCAGGACAGGGAUCAGGAGCACUGCAGACGACCAAAUUUCAAAUGGGACAGAUGCAGAUACCAAUCCAAGGCUUUCAGCAAGGAACGACGGUGCUGACGGUGGCCUACAGCCCCCAGGACGAAGAGGUUCUGCACAACCAAGGACUUCCGGAAGGAAUGACGAUCGUGGCCGCACUGCAACCACAGGAUCUGCAGCUGCUCGCAUCGCAAAACCCGGGCACUACGACCAUCCUUCAGCAGCACCAGCAAGCGCAGGCCAAUCUAUCGGGGAACGAGAGAAAAGUGGACAGUGAGAACCCGCCACCACUGCGGCAGAUUAAGCAAGAAGUGCCAGCCCUAUGGAACCACCAGUCUGCGGUCCUACCUUCGUCCAUGGCGGCCGGAGAGCUAACGGAACUUUUACAGCAGCACCAUCAACAGCAGCAGCAGCAACAACAACAGCACCACUUGCAGCAACAACAGCAGCAGCAACAACAACAGCAGCAGCAGCAGCAGCAACGGCCCCUGCACAACCUCAACCUGCAGCCAUACUUAAAGUUUAACCACAAUCAGAACACCUCGAACGCCUCGGCUAUUAUGAACGGUGUGCACCAUCCGCAUCUGGUGCUGCCUUCCGGAAUAGCGAUCGGGCCCGGAAUCAUCAAACAGGAGAUCAUCACAGACGAUCACUCGAACGAAAACACCCAGUUUGGGGCCGCGGAUAGUUCGGGACAGAUGGAAAACGGUGGUGACGGCGAUUCUCCCGGUGGAGGCGGUAGAGAAGAUGGAGAGAACGGAGGCAACCAUGCAACAGGGAACAACAAUGGUGGCGGAACGGAAGCAAACGUAAAUGGCGGAGUCGGCGGGAAGGCGCGAAAGAAACGCAAGUACAAAACGAAACCACCGAAACCGAAGCGGCAGAAGCCGGGACAGGUGCACAUCACGACCGCCAUCGACGGGACGGUGCUAUUCUGCUGUCCAGAGUGUCACAUGGCCUACCCGGAGAAGGAGUGUCUCGAGCAGCACCUGGUGGUGCACAAGAUCGAGCGGCGGUUCAUUUGUGAUAUCUGUGGUGCGGGUCUGAAGCGGAAAGAACAUCUCGAGCGCCACAAGCUCGGCCACAAUCCGGAGCGGCCGUUCAUCUGCAACGUCUGCAAGAAGGGUUUCAAGCGAAAGGAACAUCUUAACCUACAUUUCGUAAUACACAGCGGAGUUAAAACGGAGAUUUGCAACGACUGUGGGAAAGGUUUCUACCGAAAGGAUCACCUACGGAAGCACAUUAAAUCGCACCUCACAAAGCGGCUGAAGGAGGAGAAAGCAUCAAAUCGCACAAGUAACAACAAUAACAACAGUAACAGCAGUAACAGAAACGCCAGCAAUGGCACCACGGACACGACGGUUAACGGCACCAGUAGCAGUACGGGCGGGUCGAUAACGGCCACAUCCCUGCCGGCGGGGAUCCCACCCGGAUUGACAAUCACGGCGUCCAGCGCGAGUCUGCAGGCCGGCGGAGUUGAUAGUGCUUCGGCGGGGGUGCAUCAAACGAUGCAAAACCUUCUACAGAGUGCAAUCAGCUUACCACAGGGUGUGACGAUACAUGUACCUACGGCAGACAACCAGACGCUCCCGGUGCAAAUCUCCUUGUCCCCCAUGGUGACGCAGCAACCCACUGAACCUGAUGGUAGUACAAGGACGGUCCUGGUAUCCACUUCACCAGAAAAUCAUCAACACCUGCAAAAUCAUCCAUCACAGCAAGCGUCAUCACAGCAACAGUCAUCCAACAACAACCCCGGAAGCUCACCAUCGGCAGGGUUAUAAUAAUGCCUUGGGACAGAAAGUGCCUUCUGGAGGAAUGAUAUCGAUGGCGAUACCUUUCGGAGAACGACAUACGUCAGACGCUGCAAUACUCAAACAAAAUACUAAUCGACCCCAAAGGGGAAUGCGGGCACGUGAGAGCGCCUUUUUCCUCGGGUGGAACCGAAACAUUAUUAAGAUAGUGGCAUUUGAUUUUUUUUUUCUCGUUUUUUCCAUCAACCUCCGAUAGUUUUCGGACCCCGUGGAUAUGUUUGUCCGCAAAAGCACUCAUUUGUAAAUGAACAUUUUUUAUUUCUUUUGCCCUUCUAAACUGGCACCGUAUGCUCAGCGCGUGGCAUAUUUU